UGCACGCGCCCACCCCCCCGCACCGCCCCGGCCCCAUGAGCCGCGGUGCCCGCUCCCGCCCGGCGCUGCGGUGGCGACGGCGGGCCGCCUCUGCAUGGCCCCGGCUGUGGAUAUGACCACCGCGCCCACCGGGGUCCGCAGCGACGAGCCGCCCGCAUCCGCCUUCAGCAAGCCCGGCGGCGGCCUCCCCGUCGCGGCGGCGAUGGGCGGGGAGGAGGAGAGCGACAAGCCCAAGGUCUCCCCUUCCCUCCUGCCGUUCAGCGUGGAGGCGCUCAUGGCCGAUCACAGGAAGCCGGGCGGCAGGGAGGGCUCCGAGGGCGCCGUGCCCCCGCCGGGCCCCGGGGCGGCCGCCCGCGCCAGCCUCAGCCCCCGCCUGGGCGCCCUGACGGCGGAGGCGCCGGCCUCCCCGCUGCCCCUCGGCGGCCACUUCUCCGUCGGGGGGCUGGUCAAGCUGCCCGAAGACGCCCUCGUCAAGGCGGAAAGCCCCGAGAAGCAGGAGCGGAGCCCCUGGAUGCAAAGCCCACGGUUCUCGCCGCCUCCCCCGAGGCGGCUGAGCCCCCCAGCUUGCACCCUGCGCAAGCACAAGACGAACAGGAAGCCCCGGACACCCUUCACCACGGCACAGCUGCUGGCCCUCGAGAGGAAGUUUCGGCAGAAGCAGUACCUGUCCAUCGCUGAGCGCGCAGAGUUCUCCAGCUCGCUCAGCCUCACCGAGACCCAGGUGAAGAUCUGGUUCCAGAACCGCCGUGCCAAGGCCAAGCGGCUCCAGGAGGCCGAGCUGGAGAAGCUGAAGAUGGCAGCCAAGCCCAUGCUCCCGCCUGCUGCUUUCGGCAUCUCCUUCCCGCUGGGCGGCCCGGCUGUGGCUAGCGCCUCUCUGUAUGGUGCCUCCAGCCCUUUCCAGCGGGCAGGGCUGCCCGUGGCUCCUGUGGGACUGUACACAGCGCACGUGGGAUACAGCAUGUACCACCUCACAUAGAGCUGAGCCCAGCCGAACCCAGCCUGCCGGCCAGCCGUUCCCACCAGCCCCGCACACACUCCUUCCCUGCUCCUCUGGCUCCUCACUGCGGACUUCCCCAUGGGCCCUGUGGCAGAGACUUCUCCAGUCUGGUUC